UGGAGAGAUGCCCCAGAGCCUGUGGUAGCGGACUGGAUUUAGUGCCCAGGUGGCUAAUCGGACUGAUAUAACCCCUAUGAAAAUAGAGUUAUUAGUUAAAUGGCUUCUUUAUAUUAGAAUCUAUUUCAAAUGGGACAUGCGUAAACAUCCCCAACAAGAUGAACAUUUGCAAAAAGGACAAGUAAGCAUUUGUUAGCAUUUAUAACUUAUAUCUUUAAUGAGCUCCCUAUUAUAAAUGGAAACCUGUUAUUGUACUCUUUUAUCAUACUUAGUUUUACUGCUUCCAGAGAGUCAUUUCUGAUGUGAAACUCGGUUAGUUAAUGCCCUGAAGAGUUCUUCCGUUUAGCCUGUAAACAAGGCCUGGCAGGUGAGGGUGAGUCAGACUCAGUCCUCUUAUGUCUAACCAGCAUACUGAGUAAACAUUGUCCUGUUACUGAGGCUGCUUGGGUUAAUGAGGGCAAGUACUUGGCACUGAGAUCACAACACACUUGUCUGUCUUCAAUCUCCCCCACACAGCUCUGUGGGAGGUGGGUGUGGAUUGUGUGGGUGCCCUUAGUCUCUCUAGUCUCUUCUACUAUGAGAAGACUGACUUUGUCUAAAUGACAUUCAGUUAAAUAUGUGAUUGAAAUAAUCCAUUUUAUAUGUCCUAACUACCUAAAUAGAGAAAUAAAGUGAAAGUGCCUGUACGUAACAUACAUUAUGAGUUGGCAGUGUGAAUUCAGUAUAGUGUCUCCUUUCCUACUGCUUUAUAUAGAAUAAUCUGUAUAGUAAGUACACAGUGAUUUCAGACACAUAUGUUGGUAUAUCACAUAAUACCGCCACAUUAUGGUCUUAUCUUUAUGUAAGUUUACAUUUAGAAAAGAUCAAUUAAACAUUGUCAUGAUAAAUUCUUGUAAUGGGAAAAAUCUGACCAUUUAUAUGGAAGCAUUCAUAGUGUCAUGUUACAGCUACCAACUUUUUGUUUGCCUAAAUAUGUUCACAUUGUUUUCUGUUCAAGUUAAAUGGUCAUAAAUUAUGUAAGACAUUUAAAUAGGACUUCGCAGAUGUUUUUUUUCUCUUUCUGAUAUUGUCCAUUUAAUACAUUUUUGCAUUGACUGUUUUGCUCAUACACAUGCAAGUAAAGUAACUUUACUUAAAGGAACUUUUGGUGUGUGUGUGUGUGUGUGUGUGUGUGUGUUUUGUAUAGUAAGGUAUAAAAGAAAAAGGAAAUUUAAUAAUACAACUGUGUACUUCUAAGGAUCAAAGUCCUUAUAAAUGCUUACUUAACUAAUGACCUUUACUCUUUUUAUGACAAUUCUGAUAUGCACCAUGGUCAUUUGGCAGCCUAUUUCUUUUCUCAUUGUGCUAUUAAGACAUCAGGAGCAACAAUGUUCAGGUGCUCUGUUCUGCUCUGCUUGUCAGUGCUGCUGUACAGCACCACAGCAAACCCAUAUAAAUCAUGGGGAGAUGAAAAGCAUACAGCAGUUCAAGAUACAAGGUCUCAUGAUUUUAAUGAGAAGAUCAUGCUGGGACUUAAGGAAGUUGAACCUGUAGAGGAACAGGAUCUGACAGAGAUCGACAUUGAUCCUCACAUGGCCAUAUGGAAAGCUAUGAAGCAGUUUCACCAGCAGAAAUACAAUAAGCCUGAAGAAGACAAAGACAAGCUCUACCUUCCAUCUGACGUUCAGCACUCAGCUGGAAACAAGCAGGAUGAAGCCUACCUUGAACCUCAGUACUAUGGUCAAGGCCGGCUCUAUCAAGAAGCUGAGAAGGACCUCGAUGACGUUUACCAUAACAUACAGGGACUAGUGAAUCAUGCUGACCUCAAAGAGAGAGUGGUCCAGCCUGAGAUACCAGUGCCCGACAAGGCUGAAAUAAAGGAACUACGUGAAACAAGUGUGUAUAUGACCCCAGAGGACGACAAAGAUGGCCUGUAUCAUGGAGAUUUUACAGGCCAAGUGUUCCAGGUUCCAAUUAUGGAAAAUCUUCCCAAGAAGGUUUAUAUGGUGCCUGAAGAGGACCGUGAUCACCUCUUCCAUAGCUAAACAAGAAUAAUGCACUUAAAAUCAUGAAAUCAUUUCCAGAAUGUGUUAAAUUGCAUGAAUUUAUUAAAUUUGUAAUAGCUUGAUGAAAAUAAAAAGCCAUGUAAAUCUCAUUCUGACCAUCUGCACAUAGCAGAUAAAGCUCUGAUAGUGUACAGAAGAUUGCGAGUUUCAGUGGCAGGACUGCCAGAUCCAUCAGUGGGACCUUGCGUAAGGCCCAUAAACCUCAACUGCUCAGCUGUAGGCUGCUUGGAUUGUCUCAAUUCUGCAUUGCUCUGUAUAGGAAUACCAGCCAAAUUAAUAAAUGUAAACUUAUUAUAA